CGACCGCCCGACGGGGGGUCGAGAGAAUCCAAAGCGCAAGCGGCAGCCGCAGGCAGCGCCGCGCAGGCGUGAGAGGGAGGAAAAAAAGAGGAGGAAGCGGCCAAGGGGGGGAAGCGAGGGAAGGCCAGGGCGGCGGCGUGCGUGGUCAGAUGGGGAAGUACAUGAGGAAGUGCAGGGGGGCCGCGGGCGAGGAGGUCGCCGGCGUCGAGGUCACGCAGGUCGUCGGCGUCCGGACGAGGUCGCGGACCGCCGCCGCGCCGGCGGUGGCCGGCGGGGUCGCGAAGGUCGCCCCGAGGAGGAAGAAGGCGGUGACGCCACCGAACGUGGCGGCGGGGGAGCCUGGCGCUGAUGGGGACGGCGGAAGCUGCUACAUCAAGCUGCGGAGCCGGACGUUGUUCAUGGCGCCGCCUCAACAGCAGCCUUCGGCGCCGAGGGCUCCGGUGCCGGCGGAGGCUGUUGCUGCCGGCCAGGGUGCGGCGCUCGUGGCCGGGCUCUCCCGUUGCUCCAGCACGGCGUCGUCGGUGGACGUCGGGUGCCAGGACAGGAGCCUUGCCUGCCGCUCCGACACUGCGGAGGCUGGCGGGGAUCACAUCCUGGAGAUCUCGACAAGCAACUCGGGGAACGACCCGGGCCGCGAGAGGAGGGAGACGACGCCAUCGAGCCGGGCGCAAGGCGAGGUCAGCGAUCUGGAGUCGGAUCUGGCGGACCAGAAGAACGCCCGGUCGUCGCCGGCGACAACGUCGGCUCCCCAGCUGAUCACGCCACCGGCAGACGAGAUCAGGGAGUUCUUCGCGGCGGCCGAGAAGGCGCAGGCCGAACGCUUCGCUGCCAAGUACAACUUCGACGUCGUCCGCGGCGUGCCCCUCGACGGCGGCCGGUUCGAGUGGACCCCGGUGGUCAGCAUCUGAAGCGAGCGUGCAGCUAGUACAAAGGGAUCGGAAGCUAGAAAGAGAGAAGAAAAGGAUGCCCCAAAAAAAUAACGGAAAAAAGGAGAAACCAAAGAAGAAGAAGAAGAAGCAUCAUAGCCUAACCACCAUUCAACUGUUUUUCGUUCAUGCCUUGCUUUUCCCUGGAGUAACAUGUAGAAUCGCAGUAGUAUUAAUUUACUGUUUAUUCAGAGAGGUUAUCUUGACCCCUAUAGAUCAUCAUCCGCUUACUGUAAUUGCUCUCCUGUAUUUCGGAUGGAAUUUAAUUUACUGUACAGCAGCUAGCUGCCUUCUUGCAAAUCUGAUUAUUAUCUGAGUUAACCACCCCCCA